AUGGCGUUUCAGCCCUUCCUGGCAGCAGAGGCUGCAAGAAACGCCAGAGCUGUGGCGACACUCUGGGAGCAGGCACUCUUAUAUCAACUUACUGCCAAUCAGGAAUAUAAAGAAGGGUAUGAUCUGAUUGUUGCUCUUGCUUAUUUAGAUACUGUAAUGCUUUCUUUUCUAUGUGUUAAAUGGCUUUCAGCCGUAGCUGGAGGCCUUCAGGUCACAGUGCCCGACAAGAAGAAGGUGGCCAUGCUCUUCCAGCCCACUGUGCUUCGCUGCCACUUCUCCACGUCUUCCCAUCAGCCUGCAGUCGUGCAGUGGAAAUUCAAGUCCUACUGCCAGGAUCGCAUGGGGGAAUCCUUGGGCAUGUCCUCUCCCCGGGCCCAAUCUCUCAGCAAAAGAAACCUGGAAUGGGACCCCUACUUGGAUUGUUUGGACAGUAGGAGGACUGUUCGAGUGGUAGCUUCCAAACAGGGCUCGACCGUGACCCUGGGAGAUUUCUACAGGGGCAGAGAGAUCACAAUUGUUCAUGAUGCAGACCUUCAAAUUGGAAAACUCAUGUGGGGAGACAGUGGACUCUAUUACUGUAUCAUCACCACCCCUGAUGACCUGGAGGGCAAGAAUGAGGACUCGGUGGAACUGCUGGUGUUGGGCAGGACAGGGCUGCUUGCUGAUCUCUUGCCCAGUUUUGCUGUGGAGAUUAUGCCAGAGUGGGUGUUUGUUGGCCUGGUGAUCCUGGGAGUCUUCCUCUUCUUCGUCCUGGUGGGGAUCUGCUGGUGCCAAUGCUGCCCUCACAGCUGCUGUUGCUACAUCCGCUGCCCGUGUUGCCCAGAUUCCUGCUGCUGCCCGCAGGCCUUGUAUGAAGCAGGGAAAGCAGCAAAGGCCGGGUACCCCCCCUCUGUCUCCGGUGUCCCCGGCCCUUACUCCAUCCCCUCUGUCCCCUUGGGAGGAGCCCCCGCAUCUGGCGUGCUGAUGGACAAGCCGCAUCCGCCUCCUCUGGCACCAAGUGACUCCACUGGAGGAAGCCACAGUGUUCGCAAAGGUUACCGGAUCCAAGCUGACAAAGAGAGAGACUCCAUGAAGGUCCUAUACUAUGUCGAGAAGGAGCUGGCUCAGUUUGAUCCAGCCAGAAGGAUGAGAGGCAGAUAUAACAACACCAUCUCGGAACUCAGCUCCCUGCAUGAGGAAGACAGCAGUUUCCGCCAGUCUUACCAUCAGAUGCGAAGCAAACAGUUCCCUGUGUCUGGGGACUUGGAAAGCAAUCCUGACUACUGGUCAGGUGUCAUGCGAGGCAGCAACGGGGCAAGCCGGGGGCCCUCGGCCAUGGAGUAUAACAAAGAGGAUCUGGAGAGCUUCAGGCACAGCCAGCAGCGCUCCAAAUCCGAGAUGCUGUCGCGGAAGAACUUCGCCACCGGGGUACCGGCCAUCUCCAUGGACGAGCUGGCGGCCUUCGCUGACUCCUACGGCCCGCGGUCCCGCAGGGCGGACGGCAACAACCACGAGGCCCGGGGCGGGAGCCGCUUCGAGCGCUCAGAGGCGCGGGCGCACGGGGGCUUCUACCAGGACGGCUCGCUGGAGGAGUACUACGGGCAGCGGAGCCGCAGCCGGGAGCCCCUGACCGACGCGGACCGCGGCUGGUCCUACAGCCCCCCGCGCCGGCGGCCGCCCGACGACGCACACCUGCCCCGCCUGGUGAGCCGCACGCCGGGCGCCGCGCCCAAGUACGACCACUCGUUCCGGGGCGCCGGAGUGGAGCGGCAGGCGCUGCCCGAGGGCGCCAGCCGCGGCGGCAGCCUCGAGACGCCGUCCAAGCGGAGCGCGCAGCUCGGCCCGCGCAGCGCCUCCUACUACGCCUGGUCGCCGCCGUCCACCUACAAGGAGGAAACGCCGCAGGGCGAAGAGGAGGACGCGCCCGACGACUCGCUGCCUCCCUACAGCGAGCGCGAGCUCAGCCGGGGCCCGUCCUACCGCGGCCGUGACCUGCCCUACCACAGCAACUCGGAGAAGAAGAGGAAGAAGGAACCCGCCAAGAAGACGAGUGACUUUCCGACCAGGAUGUCUCUUGUGGUCUGA